CUUGGGUCCUAUAUAUAACCGACACAUGUGCCCAUCUUCGUCCUCAUCAAAACGAAUCGGAAACAUUCAAUGUUCAUACUUUUACUUGAAGGAGAGAGAAUCCUACUUUGAAAUAAAAAUUAUUUUUUGACCUUUUUACCCAGAAGAACACAGAGCCAAGAACUCUGAGACAAAAUGAAUAUAAAUUGUAUUUGUUUAGUUGUUUGAGGAAAAGAAAUCGAAAACCAAUUUGUUAUCUCAUAUAUAUUUUUUCUCAAUUUUAAAAUCCUAGAUAUUUUUUUUCAUCAGAAGUCGCUUCUUUUGGUGUUUGCUACAGCUUCAAAUACUCUCUCUCUCCUCUCUUUCUCUCUCUAGAAGCCUGAGGGAGACCCGGAACUAAAACCCUGGUGCGGGUGUUUCUGCUCCAUCUGGGUCUCCAAUGGCGAGUUGGGUCCUCUCUGAAUGCGGCCUAAAGCCUCUCCCGCAAGUUUGGAACCGACCCAGAACCGCAGUUUGCUCUAGCUACCGGUCAAAAGUUCGGAUUUUUCGGUCAAACCAGAGCUCGGCGGAUCUGAGAUUGGAUUCGACCAAAAUCGCAGGUGGGUUGUUUAGAGAGAGAAGAUGGGAUCUUAACGUGAGCGCUCCGGUGAGGGUAGCUUCUGUUGAAGAGGAGGAGGAGAGAGUUAACGGCGUUAAUGGCGGCGGAGAUGGAGAAGAGGAGGUGGGAUUUGAUCCGGGUGCGCCGCCGCCGUUCAAAUUAGCCGAUGUUAAAGCUGCCAUUCCGAAGCAUUGUUGGGUUAGGGACCCGUGGAGGUCAAUGAGCUAUGUGGUGAGGGAUGUGGCGGUGGUUUUCGGGUUGGCUGCGGCUGCGGUUUAUGUGAACAAGUGGUUUGUUUGGCCUCUGUAUUGGGCUGCUCAGGGGACAAUGUUUUGGGCUAUCUUUGUUCUUGGCCAUGAUUGUGGCCAUGGAAGCUUUUCGAAUAAUCCCAAGCUAAACAGUGUUGUGGGGCAUCUCUUGCAUUCUUCAAUUCUUGUACCCUAUCAUGGAUGGAGAAUUAGCCACAGGACUCAUCAUCAAAACCAUGGUCAUGUUGAGAAUGACGAGUCAUGGCACCCGGUUAGUCUUUUUUCCUUUCGUUGUAACACUUCUCUGCUCUUCAUUUUCUUGAUGCAUCUCAAGUUUUUCCAACUGUUUGAGGGUGAUAAAUUUCUAUGCUUGCAGUUGUCUGAAAAAAUCUACAAGAAAUUGGAUAGCAUGACACGAAUUUUGCGCUUCACCGUUCCUUUUCCCAUGCUUGCUUAUCCUUUCUAUCUUUGGAAUAGAAGUCCAGGAAAGACUGGUUCCCACUUUGACCCGAAGAGCGAUCUAUUUGUCCCGAAUGAGAGGAAAGAUGUGAUCACUUCCACUGUAUGUUGGACAGCAAUGGCUGCUUUACUUGUGGGAUUAUCGUUUGUAAUGGGUCCUGUUCAAGUGCUUAAGCUCUACGGCAUUCCCUACUGGGUUUUUGUCAUGUGGCUGGAUUUGGUAACUUACUUGCAUCACCAUGGGCACGAAGACAAACUACCAUGGUAUCGAGGGAAGGAAUGGAGUUAUCUGAGGGGAGGGCUUACGACACUGGAUCGGGACUACGGAUUGAUCAAUAACAUCCACCACGACAUCGGAACCCAUGUGGUUCAUCAUCUUUUUCCUCAAAUCCCCCACUACCACUUGGUUGAAGCAACUGAGGCAGCAAAGCCGGUAUUCGGGAACUACUACAGAGAGCCGAAGAAAUCAGGACCUCUACCAUUUCACUUGCUUGGAAGUUUUAUCAAAAGCUUGAAAAAGGACCACUAUGUGAGUGACAAUGGCGAUGUUGUGUACUACCAAACUGACCCUAGCUUUGGUGGCUUUCCUCCAUCAAAUUAAAGCUUCAGUUCUUAGUUUCUUGGACCACAAGAUAAGUUUUCAAUCUCUAAGCAUUGGCCUCUGCCUUUUCCACUGGUUUUUUACUCAGAAUUUUGUGGUCUAGAAAAGAAUAGUGCAAUAGUGAAAUUUUUAUUUAUUGUAUUCAAUUCUUUAUGGAGAGAAAAAUAAUCUCUCUUUCUGCUAUCAUGCAUUGUAUACUCUCCUUUCAAAUAUGAAGAUCAAUUUUUUGUUCUCUUCCUA